GAAUUUGAAGAGCCAGGUGCAAAUUAGGAAGAGGGUCUUCGACAUGAGAGGUAGGAGGGAUGAUGAGUGAGACUGUGAGAGAAGUGGGAUGUCGAAAGUACUCACUUCAACCAAGCAGCGAAAUCAUUGACGUCACAAAAGGACACCACCCACCACAGGCCCCCUAUCCCACAAGCCACGCGACUUUGAUCUCUCCAGCCAUCAACAAUCAUCCAUUUCUUUUCUUUCCCAGGAAUUGGCAACUCAUCAAUGCGCACCUGCAUCCUCUCCCCCCUUCGAAUCAAGUCCACACUAGUCACCACUACCACCACCACUUACACCCCACGCUUACUACUCUUACCGACCACCACCACCACCACCACCACCAAGAUUACCACUCACCACCCCAUCAACUUCUACCCUCAAGCACGCACAAUGUCCUCCUCUCACUCCAAGACCCAACUCAAAGGAGGCUGCACCUGCAAAACCGUCCAGUACACCCUCACCCUCAACUCGGUGGAAGAUGCUCGGACAACACUUUGUCACUGCAAGUCCUGCAAGCGAGCCUUUGGGACAAAUUACGGACUCACAGCCAAGGUUGCCUUGGAUGCUUUCUCGUACAAUGAAGGGACAGAGACGCUCAAGAAGUACACGCAGCAAAACGGAGUGACGAGGGAGUUUUGCGGGGAGUGUGGGGUUUUUAUUUGCGAGUAUGGUAAAGAAGCAGCCGACAAGUUUCGGUAUGUCAUGUGGGGGUCUCUUGAUGAGCCAGAAAAUAUCCCGCCAAAGGGGGAGUUCUUUUGCAAAGAGAGGGCUUCUUGGAUGCCUGAGAUCAAUGGUGUCUUUCACAAACGCGAGAUCAAGGAGUAAUCGGUCGAUUUCGGUCUGGACCUCUGCACUCGACGUCCAUUGCCGCCAGCUCAAUGAUAUUUUAAUGUCAGUUGCUGCUGCUGUUGCACACUGUUUGAGGCGGCAAGCGGAGGUCUCGGAAAGAAGGGUCUCGGAUUGUCCACAUGAGAAGCAUGCGGGGAUGUUUUUUUUGGGUAUUAUCUCUUAAAAGUGUACGCAAACAGAUGAAGACUCUCGGCUUGCAGAUAGGAUGCUAAUGAGGGUGUAGAAUCCUCACUUCCUCCUGGCUUUGUUGGGUGUCGAAGGGUUCAGACUUCUUCACCUCCAAGCCCGAAAUAACCGAGUUCAUACACCAACUUCCUCUUGGUAUGAAAGCCACAUGUCCCAAGAACAAGAAUAGGGAUCGCGCCAAGAAUGUGUGUCGUCCAAUGUUUUAUAGAACUCGAUGGAAAUUUUGUAGGGCCUGGCGAGACUGGGACUGGCAAGCGCUGAGCCGGAAGCUGGUUGGUGGUGAGUGACGGGACCUCGACUACUGAUUUUGGCUGGCCUCACUUCCAGAAAAGAAGCAGCCUUCUGCAACACACCGCCGCUGCAUGGAUGAGGGCCCUCAACGUGCUUGCUUGUUUGUUGGUGCGGCGGCAAAUUGCCGUGCUUCCGGCUUUUAUCGUCGAAUUCUGCCAUAUUUUGCUGACGAGGCCUAGAGCGGUUUUAUGAUGUAUCUAUUGGUGUAACUUGUAUCUGAUGGGCCAUGAUGGCGGCUGAUCCCGACGGAUUACCACCCCCCAUGGGCCACGCUGCCGGCCGACUUCCUUCAUCUGUUCGUGCCGAAGCGAGCCAUUCUGUGCAAGCUGCCGCCGACCCCAGCCGAAGUGUCAUUGUUUUCUUUUGCCCUGUCAGGCACCCCCCUAUUCACAAGGUGGUUGCUCACCGAGUGUCUUGUUCCCUGCUAUGCUGUCUAUCACUACCAGAUAGGGACAGUAUAUGCGUGAAGAUAGAUGGCCUUAACGAAUCUGUAGGAUUUUCUCAGAAUUCUAUUGGAAGUCAAGUUCAGGAAGUUGUCCUUGACAAAGAUGCGUCCUGCAGGAGGGGUUGCUUUCGUCCACCACACAGUGUUGUCGACUUGCCGCUGUCGAUAGUCCAGUUGAGGACCGCCUUGUGAUUGUGCAGGCCUUGGAAACGAAGGCACCUCAUGAUGCGAGGUGGGGUUCAGAACCCCCUUGAGAUUCACGUUGCGCUCUGCUCCGUAUCCGACUUCACCUCCAUGGGAGGACAGGAUCCGAUGAGGGAGACCGAUGAUGGGAGACCGGAAAAUACUAUAAAAGAGCGCACGCCAUCCCUGAACAACACGUCAACUCUUUUCUUUCCAUCAAGCACUCAAGCCUUCAAUUGUCUUUACCACCUUUCCAACAACAUCAUUACUAACAGUACCUACAUCCUCUCAGUAUCUAUUACCACCGGCCUUGCUGCCCCCGCCCAGACGGACACUGCCCCCGUCCUUGUAGACCACCAGGUCAUCCUUACUCCAGUGGACGUCAACACCUGCGUCAACAGCCUCGUCGGCAUCCCUCUCUUCCAGGCUCUUUGCCUGCUUGGUGCCAUUCCAACUUUGAGCCUCAGCAAUAUCGCAGCCUGCCUUGGCGGUGUCACCAACAUCGCUCCUGUACGUGAAGCCCUUUCUUCGUUGGCCGAUAUUUAGCUCUUUUGUCUCUAACAUUCAACAGCUUUGCGGCUGCGUCGAAUCACUCCCUGCUCUGGGACCCGUUUUGGGCAGCUUUUGCUAAAUGCUCCUCAAACCAAACGGGCCAAGGCUCCGAGCACUGAAGCGCACAAGCCACUGGGAGAACUGUGCAUAAGGGGAACUGUGAAUAGGGAAUGUAUGGGUUGAUGAUCACAUCUUGAGACGAGCCUGAGACCGCUGGUUGGGAUGGAUGGAUGGAUAUAGGAUAUGUCAGAUUUACGGACACUCCUUCUUGAAAUCUUCUUUAUUUCAUUUUGUCAGGAUGAUCAUCACGAGCCACUCAUUACAUAUCAUUAUCACAUAUAAUAAUUUUUGGAAC